UCGAGCUUCAGCAAGCUUCACCCCGGCACAAUGGUCUUCAUCCUAGGAAAUAAUUUCCUCGAAAACCGGCUGUUAAAGCACUGCCUCGAAACCUUCUACGGCAUCGGCACAAAACACAGCACCCGCAUCCUCGCAAAGUUCUCCGUCUUCCCCGGCGCAAGAGUCGGCCAACUGCCCACAAAAACAAUAAACGACAUCACCGCCGAGCUCUCCACGAUGACCAUCGAGACGGACCUGCGGCGCAAGAUGAGGGAUAAUAUACAGCGGUUGCGUGAUAUGGGGAGUUAUCGGGGGAGACGGCAUGCAAUGGGGCUGCCGGUGAGGGGCCAGAGGACGAGGAGUCAGAUCUUGACAGCGCGGAAACUGAAUAGAAUUGAUCGGGCGAAUUAGAGGAUGCGUGGAAGGGAUGUAUAAAACGGUUGCAUUGUUGGCGUAAGGGGUAUGUGGGGAAUUGUAGGAGUAUCUUGGAUGACGAAUACGGACUUCUCCCAAACGCCAAUGGCCAAGGAAUGCUAACAUUUCGGAUUCCGGUGAAGUCAUUCAAAGCCAAGUUGUACGAGCGGACUCACCAGUGGAGAGUUGGGAACCCGCACAGCAAGUCCAGCCAUGCCGACUAUUCACGCAAAAUCUUGGAAAGUCUCGUCUCAAUUGACUGAAUUGUGUGCAGUUGCUAGACAAAUCCUUCCACCGGGCCUUGCAACUACCUAUUACGAUAGCUUAUCCGUUUUCCUUUAGCCUUCAAUUAUGAACUGGUCACUGGAGAGCCAUGAUGCUCAAAGUAUCCUGCGCGCCAGAUUUC